AUGAAGUCAAUAACUGGACAAGGACAAUCACCAUGCAGAAACCACGAGGAGGAAUUUGGGGAGCCAAUUGCUGUCAUUGGUAUGGCAAUGCGGCUGCCAGGUGGCGUUCGAUCUGGAGAUGAAUUUUGGCAAAUGCUCGUGCAGAAACGAGACGGGUUUUGUGAAGCGCCUCCCUCGCGUUGUUCCAGAGAGGCGUCUAGUAGCUCCGAUUGUGGGGGCCUGAGCGAGACGAAAAAAGGGUUCUUUUUGCAAGAAGAUCCAGCAUAUUUUGACGCUUCCUUCUUUUCUGUUCCUCCCCACGAGGCGGCUCGCCUAGACCCACAGCAACGGCUUUUGCUUGAGGUGGUUUGGGAGUGCCUGGAGAACUCGGGGGAGACCAAGUGGCGCGGUGAGAAAAUCGGGUGCUUUGUUGGCGUUUUUGGGGAAGACUGGCUAGAGAUGUCGCAUAAAGACCCCCAGCAUAUGAGUCAGAUAUAUCCCAUCGCCACCGGCGGUUUCGCGCUAGCAAACCAAGUGUCGUAUCGGUUUGAUCUGCUGGGUCCGAGCAUGACCAUCCAAACAGCUUGCUCUUCCUCGCUGGUUUGCCUACAUGAGGCCUGCCAAGCACUUAGAUCUGGAGAGUGCUCAACAGCUCUAGUAGGCGGGACAAGCCUUAUAUGGGGUCCAACUAUGACUGAUGCCAUGAUCAAGAAUAUGGUCCUAUCGCAAAGUGGUAUCUCUCAUACCUUCGAUGCUGAGGCAGAUGGUUAUGGUCGUGGUGAAGGGAUCAAUUGCAUAUAUCUGAAACCAUUGCGGGACGCGCUCCGUGACAAUGACGCUAUCCGCGCUGUCAUCCGCUCCACAGUGACCAACCACGACGGCAAGACCCCUAACUUUUCUCAACCAUGUCCUGUAUCUCAAGAGAAGUUGAUCCGGCACGCGUAUCAGGUUGCGAGUAUCGAUGCAGUUCACGAAACACCUGUUUUUGAAUGCCAUGGGACUGGAACAGCCGUUGGCGAUGUCAUCGAAGCAUCGGUUGUUGCAAAGAUGACCCAAGGAGAAGCAACAUAUAUCACUGCGGUCAAACCAAACGUCGGUCACUCUGAGGGUGCCUCAGGCAUUACAAGCAUUAUCAAAUCCAUCUUAUCCCUGGAACACAAGACCAUCGCGCCCAAUAUCCAUUUUAAGACGCCAAAUCCUCAAAUUCCAUUCAGUGAGGCAAAUCUCCAUGUCCCCUUAGAACCAACUCCGUGGCCCGCUGGCAGGCCCGAGAGGAUCAGCGUGAAUUCGUUUGGUAUCGGAGGGUCCAAUGCCCACGCUAUUCUAGAGUCCACCUCUACAAUAUCUCUGAAGUCUCGAAACGAAUCACCUGAAGCUUUCAAUCCACAGCUCUUGGUCCUGUCUGCGCACACUCCAGAUACUCUUCGCAAGCGCAUUGGCCAAAUCACCGACUAUGUACAGAAUCACACAGUCAGCCUGCAUGAUCUUUCUUACACUUUGAGUGCGAGAAGAUCGCAUCUCUCCCACCGGGCCUUCGCCGUGGUACAGUCAAAUAAACCUAUUCGAGAUGAUGCGGCAUUUUCGAUAUUUAAUACCAGUUCCCCCAAUGUUAUUUUUGUGUUCACAGGCCAGGGAGCUCAAUGGCCCGCAAUGGGGCUAAGGCUUUUGUCUAGCUUUCCAAUAUUCAAGGAGGGUAUCAAAAGGAUGGAUGAAGCACUUCAACAGCUACCUGACCCCCCGCAUUGGUCAUUAUAUGAUGAGCUAAGCCAAGAGAGUUCAAUCUCACGGAUCCACGAAGCUGAGUUCUCCCAGCCUCUAUGCGUUGCUCUGCAAAUUGGCCUGGUGAACAUUCUUAGGAGCUGGGGAAUCGAGCCAUCCACGGUUGUCGGGCAUUCCAGCGGAGAGAUUGUGGCUGCGUACGCUGCCCGAGCCAUUUCGAUGAGAACUGCUAUUAUUAUAGCAUAUUAUCGGGGCAAGGUCGCAAAACCACUGGAAGGCUUGGGUGCUAUGGUGGCUGUCGGCCUUUCCCCGGACGAAGUGGUACCGUACUUGACGCCUGGAGUGGUUGUCGCCUGCCACAAUAGUCCGAAUAGUGUCACCCUAUCAGGAAAUAACGAUUCCGUUGACCAUGUGAUUAAAAGCAUCAAGACGGCAAAUUCGGAUACACUAUGUCGGCGACUUACGGUUAAAAUUGCUUAUCACUCUGACUAUAUGAAACAGAUCGGCUCUGAAUAUGAACAUUGUAUCUCUAGCCAUAUUGAGCAUGAGCAGCAAAUGCUUCCUUUCUGUUCUAGUGUGACUGGCGACACGAUCACCGAACCUCGCAAACUAGACGCAUCAUACUGGCGACAGAAUCUGGAAUCGCCCGUACUGUUCACCGAGGCUAUCCAGACUCUACCUACCAGUGGAACCCCAGUCUUCCUAGAAGUUGGGCCACAUUCGGCCCUCGCCGCCCCUCUGCGGCAAAUCUUCCGGACUCUGCCUGCGAGGUCACCAGUCUAUAUCCCCACAUUAUUCAGGUAUGACGAGGAUGUUCAAAGCCAGCUACUCCGAACAGCGGGACAGACCUAUGCCAAUGGCAUGGGAGUCAAUCUGUCAAUUAUAAUCGAGCCGGGGAACAUUUUGACAGACCUUCCUCCAUAUCCUUGGCAGCAUGAUCGCCCUUACUGGAGUGAGAGUCGACUUAGUAGGGAGUGGAGGCAGCGUAAGUUUCCACAUCAUGAAAUCCUCGGCUCCCGGGUCGUCGAUACGACAGAUCAUGAGCCUUCUUGGCGCAAUUUAGUCACGUUCGACAAUGUGCCGUGGCUUCUAGAUCAUGUAAUUCAAGGGGCCGUUACAUUCCCUGGUGCUGGAUUUGUCGCUAUGGCAGGCGAGGGGGUCCAGCAGCUGCAUCCCGACCACGAUAGUUAUUCAGUGCGUAAUACGACCUUUAUAACGCCACUGAUAUUCCACGAGGGAGACCAAAUCGAGAUGGUCACUAGUCUCAGUCCGGUCGAAGUAGCUGACAGAAUCUCAUCCGGUUGGUACGAUUUCAAAAUCAUGAUCCAUGAUGGAGAACGAUGGACAUUGCAUUGCCAAGGUCAAGUAAGGGCUGGAUCCGAUCAUCCCCCGGAGCCAUUCUCAAUCUCUUCCUAUAAGCGAUAUGUGCCAUCUGAGAGUUUAUACCGCGUGCUACAAAGGAGCGGAAUAGAUUACGGUACUCAGUUCCAGGGUUUAGAGCAGAUUACAGCUGAUCCCACCGGGCCGAGGGCAACUGCGACUGUUCUCGGUAACCGUGGGUUGCCUGGGAGCAGGUAUGCGCUACAUCCCACGGCAAUUGAUCAAUGUCUGCAACUUAUGGGUGUGGCCUCCUCCCAUGGCUUGCUACGGCAUCUCACAACUAUUUACGUUCCGGCCAUGAUAGAUUACUUGUUCGUUGGACCUGGGGUCCCACCUAUGCUGGCAAGCGCCCGAACCAAGAGCGGCACAAGAGAUGGUCAACUUGGCGAUGCCAUUGCGAUUGUUGGUGAUCACGUAGUGCUCUCUAUUCAGGGAGCUUACCUAUUCGCGUUGGAAAAUGAUAAUAUAAAUUCUAGGACUGGACUUGCGGGCUCGGUAAGCCAUCUUGAGUGGAAACCGGACAUUGAUUUCUUGCCCUCAACAGCACUUCUGUCCACACCACAAGAUUAUACUUCACAGGCCAUGAAUAUUAAAGCCUUGGGCCAGCUAUCCACGCUUUUUAUCCUGGAGACGGCAGACCAAAUUCGAGAUCUCGACCCAACAUCAUCACAUUUCACAAAAUGGAAGAAAUUCAUCCUGGACGCAACAGUCAAUUUAAAAACAAGUGGACGACAGUCCAUCUAUCCAGAGUCGCCUCAGGGGGCAUUACUAAGGUCUGCAGAGAGACAGGAAAUGAUACGGAACGUGUUAAUCGAGACCAAAUUUACCUUUGAUGCUCCACUUGCUGAUUGUCUACGGGUCGUCUUCGAUAACUGCACAGCAUUUAUAUCUGGAGAAAGCAGCCCAUUGGAGGUCCUCAUGAAGGACAACCUACUACACCACUUCCAUGCUGCGCAUACACAAUAUGCCGAUUGGAAUCCGUUCCUCCCGUUGCUUUGCCAUUCCAACCCGGGCUUAAGAAUACUUGAGAUCGGUGCAGGUACCGGCUCAGCAACCGCGAUGGCGCUAAAGCUUCUCAAAUCCACUAGUGGGGAGCGUAUGUAUAGUCAGUAUGUUUUUACUGAUAUAUCCUCGGGCUUUAUGGCUGCAGCAAUAGAGCGAUUCGGUAAUGAGCAGGGCAUGGAAUACAAAGUCCUUGAUAUUACUCUAGACCCCCUUGAUCAAGGAUUCGAUGCUCAUAGCUUUGAUUUGAUUAUCGCUUCCAAUGUUCUCCACGCUACACCCAGUCUUCACACCGCGCUCUGUCAUGUGCAUCGCCUCCUCAAGCCCACUGGUUACUUUUUACUUCAUGAGAUUAGCCCAGAAAUCUUAAUUGCAAAUUUCACGAUGGGUGUAUUUCCCGGCUGGUGGCUAGGAGAGGACGAUGGCCGAUCAGACCAGCCGUACAUCUCACCUGAGCGAUGGGAUCAGGAGUUACAAGCUGCAGGCUUCACUGGAGCAGAUGUAACGGCAUAUGAUCAAAAACCGCCUUACCAUAUAUCCGCGAGCAUGUUGUCACGACCGGUGGACAAGAUCUCCAUUCCUAAAGAUAUAUUGCUGCUAACAUGCAAUUAUACUCGGUGCCAGUGGGCGAGUGAUGUUGAAUCGUUGUUCCGCGACGAAGGCUACACCACUAACUGGAUUACUUUGCACGAAACACCACCCAAAGGCAAAUUCAUCUUAUCUCUGCUAGAUCUUGAAGGCUCCCCGAUAGGUUCCCUGCCGAAGCAUAACUAUGAGGUAUUCCAACACUACAUAGAGCAAGUGCAAGAAUGUCAAAUAUUGUGGGUCACGCAGUCAACCUCCCACACAUGCUCAGAUCCAAUGUUUGGCUUCAUCCAUGGGCUUGGUCGCACUUUACGGGCGGAGCUGUUGCUUGAUCUCUCAAUUCUGGAGGUUCCCACAUGGGACACGGCAAGUGCAAAGGCCGUAAUCCAGGUUUGGGAGAAGAUCCAAAGAUCCCGGGCUCACUCCCUUCCAGAUCCAGAGUAUGAAUUUGCAUUGCAUGAAGGCGACAUUAAGGUCGGGCGGUACCAUUGGACACCUCUCGUCGAGCAACUCGCAAGUCCGCCUCGUGCAGAUGCAUCCCGAAAGCUGACUCUCACGACAUAUGGGCUAUUGGAUACACUACACUGGGCGGAGAAAGAGACGUCCUAUGAGUUAAAUGAGGGACAAGUUGAAGUUGAGAUGGACUACGCAGGACUGAAUUUUAAAGACAUGAUGGUUGCAAUGGGAUUCUUCGGAAAUAAAGAAGACCUCGGACUCGAAGGCAGCGGUAUUGUGCUUCAAGUUGGACCUGGUGUGACAGAUAUCACGGUGGGAGACCGUGUCGUCUUGAUGCAUUCUGGAGUUCUGGCCUCAAACGUUGUUAUCCCUCAAGAAGCUUGUAUAAAGCUACCACAAGGGUUGUCAAUGGCAGAUGCUGCGACGAUGUUAACAGCUUAUGUCACUGUUCUCUACUCACUGCUUGAGGUUGGUGCUUUGAAGAAAGGCCAGUCCGUUCUCAUUCACUCCGCGUGUGGCGGAGUCGGAUUAGCUGCCCUCCAAGUAUGCCAGGCUGUUGGUACCAAGAUCUAUGCCACAGUCGGCAACGAUAAAAAAGUAGCCCAUUUGAUGGAACAUUUUGGUUUACCUCGAGAACGGAUCUUCAACUCUCGGAACACGUCCUUCCAACCGGACCUGAUGCGUGCCACUGCUGGAAGGGGAGUUGAUGUGGUGCUCAAUUCACUGUCGGGUAACUUACUACACGCGUCAUGGGAGUGCGUUGCGAAGUUCGGGCGGAUGGUUGAACUGGGAAAACGCGACUUCAUAAGUCAUGGCAUGCUUAAUAUGAGCCUUUUCGAAGCAAACCGGGCGUUUUUUGGCGUUGACCUCGCUCAGGUUUGCAAGGAGACUCCAGAGAUUCUCAAAAGCACGCUGGCAACAUUUUCAGACUGGUAUCGCCAAGGGAAAAUCGGACCUAUCCAGCCUGUCAAAGUCUUUGACGCAAUCGAUAUUGUCAGUGCAUUUAGGUAUAUGCAGGCCGGCACUCACCUAGGUAAGAUAUUGGUGCGUAUGCCAUCUUCUGUGGAGAGCUUGGUCCCUCCUAUUAUGAAAGCAUUUCCCACAUUCCGAUCCGACGCCGCGUAUCUGCUCAUUGGUGGGCUCGGCGGUAUUGGGCGAUCCGUGUCAACUUGGAUGGUCGAGCAGAAUGCACGAGAGCUCAUCUUCCUCUCGCGCUCAGCUGGCAAAUCCGAGCAAGAUCAAGCAUUUAUUCAGGAACUCGAGGCACAAGGUUGUCAGGUUACCUGUGUGACAGGCAAUGUGACGAAUCUCAGGGAUGUAAAGGAGGCUGUUGCCGCAUGCAAGCGGCCCCUUACUGGUAUUCUCCAGAUGGCAGUUGACUUGAAUGAUCGGCUCUUCCUGCAGAUGAGCCACGAGGAGUGGGAGACCGCACUAGCACCGAAAGUUGCCGGAACCUGGAACUUGCAUCAUGCCACAUUGCAACACUCGCUCGAUUUCUUCGUCGUGUUUGGCUCAAUUGCUGGGGUAUGUGGUAACACUGGCCAGGCCAAUUAUGCCGCAGCAACUACAUUUUUGGAGGCAUUUACCCGGUAUCGACGACAGGAGGGACUUCCAUCUUCUAUCUUGCACCUCGGAGUGGUUGGAGAUGUGGGUGCCGCAAGUCGCAACUCCCGAUUCCUCCAGAGAGUACAAUCAAUUGCGUUGCAUGUGCUCCAUGAAGCCGAAGUGAUUGACGGAUUAGCUGCAGCGAUCAAAAUAUCCCCAGUUAGUUCUAAUGUAACCGGGGCAAUGGCAAUGGGACUCACACACACGAGGCGCCGCGCGGAUCUCCCCAAGGAAAUCUUCCUCGGUGGACGCGACGCUCGAUUUGCAAUUUAUCCCAAUCUCGAGUCUACCAGUGCUGGCGUUGGCGGUGAUCAAUCCUCUCAGGCAAAUGCGCUAAAGGCUCUCCUUGCUGCGAUACAAGCAGAUCCCUCUCUAACAAGCAAAAAGGAGACCGAGGUCGCCUUGAUGAAGGAACUGGGCAGCUUUAUCAACCACAAUCUGACAGGGCAGGAUCAGGAGCAAGGACAAGAUUCUGCAGAUGAUAUUGAGGCACUGGCCGGUAUGGCAGUGGACUCCCUCAUGGCCAUAGAGGUUAGGAAUUGGCUACGGAGGUCGCUGGGGGUGGAGAUUCCUACGGUGGAAAUCAACCGCGCAGGCACAUUAGGUGGUUUGGUAAAGGUCGUUUUGAAGGGACUUGGGGAAAAAUACGAUCAGCGUGCUACCUAA